AUGACAGAUCAAAUAUCAUUAACCAAACUAAUAACAAAAUCAACCAAUCAGAAAGUAUCGCCAAGAUCAUUUAUAUCUUUAAUUGAUCAAUUCCAAUCAAAGCAAACUAAUAACAAGAUUGAUGACCAACAAUAUGUUUCUGAAUUACUUGAAUUAAAUAAAAUAAAUACCACUGUUAAACAUCAAAGAUUUAAUGAAUAUAAAAUCAAUUUAAUCCUUGAACUUUCAUUGAGUUCAUUAUUACAUUGUCAACAAUUUUGGAGAUGUUUAGGAAAAUUAUCAGAUUCAAUGCAAAUCAUUUAUUUAUCAAAAGUUAAUAAGAAAUUAUUACAUCAAUAUAAGAAAUAUGAUCGAGAAAUUAUCAGGACAUUAAUUAAUCAACAAUUCAUUCAAUAUUGUUUGGAUUAUUUAAAUAAAUUACAUGAAAGAACUUUAAUAGAAUGUCAAAAAUUGGUAGUUAAUCAAAUUAUAUUCUUUGUUGGUUCAAUAAUUGAUAGUUUUAAUAAAUUCUUAAUCCUAAAGGAAGAUAAUCCAUUUCAAAAUUUUGUAAUUAAAUUAAUUACAAUUUUAAAGAAUUUGAAAUUAGGUAGAUUAUUAUCAUUUUUAUUAUUAAAAACAAAAAGUAUUUUAACCCUGGGACAAAUUGAUCAUUUGAUUCAUAGUAAAAUUAUAAAACAUGAAAAGGAUUCAUUUAAUUUUCAUCAUUCAUUUGGAGAAGGGACCCCAACUCUGCCACUUAAGAUUGAAGAUGGAGGGGAAGGAGAAGCAGAAUUAUGUACUUCAUCAUAUUUACUUUCAUUAUCAAUUAAUAAUCUUGCCGAAGAGAAACAAGAAACUUAUUUUAUAACAAAGAGAUGUUUUUGGUUUUUGAAACUUAUGAGAGAAUUUCAAUUUGAUAGAUUGGAUUUAUUAAAUUCAUUUAUAAUUAAUUUAAUGCCAUUAUCAAAACAAAAGAAUAUGUAUUUUGUUGCUUAUGAAUUUAUCAAAAGUUUGUUUAUAGUUUGGGAUUUACUUCAAUCACAAAAUGAAAGCUUUGUGAAGUUUAAUUUACAUAAUUUUAUCAUUACUAGAGUUCCAAUCUUAUUAUCCAAUUUAAAAUUAAAUGAAGAAGAAAAUGUUGAAAAAGUUGUUCUUGAUCUUUUUGAAGCUUAUCCUAAUGCAAAUCAUGAUUUAAAACAUCAAUUUGUUAAAAGUCUUAUAUUUCAUAAAUGUAUAACCACUCAAAGUUUACCCAAAUUUUCUGAUCUUAAUCAACAAUCAAUCAUGCAUGAAUUACAAUCUCAUACUCAAGAAUUGAAUUUACGACAAAAAUUUAAUGAAAAAUUAUUGAAUAUAAAUACAGAAUUUACUUCACUUGAAGAAUCAGGAUUAAUACAAUUUAUAAAUAGUUUACAAAUAUCUUUGGAAAUUCUGUAUAAGAGACAACAAGAUUUAAGUACUAUAAUCUUGGAAAUUAUUGAUGAUUUAUUAAUUGCUAAAGAUCAUGAAAAAUUAAAUCGAUUAUUAUUAUGUCUACUGAAUGAUGUUAAUAUUUUAAGAAUUAUUGUGUUUAAUACCAAAAAUACUCCAUUUGCAAUCUUGUAUAAAAUAAUUGAUUUUGUUGAUUCUGAACAAUUUAAUAUUGAUGAUGAUGAUGAAAAUUUCCAAGAUGUUUAUUCAUAUUGUGGAGUUGCUAUCUUAAGUAUUAUUUUAAUUGUGGAAACUUUUGAAAUUGAUUUAUCGAAAAUAUCAAUUCAAAAUUCUUUUGUAAUUGAUUAUAUUAAUAAUUUCUAUUGGAGAUUAUGUGAUAAUUUAACCACUCAGACUCCAGCAAACAAUGAUGAAGAAGGGACUAUUAUUGCCGUGAAUUAUAAUAAUCUAUUAACUGAAUGGAUAAAUGCUUUAUUUGAUGAUAAUAAUGAAGGGUUAUCUGAUGAGUUGAUAAAAUCAAUCAAUAUUAAACAGAUUUAUAAAUUGAUUCCAAUUGUAUAUCAACAAGCUAUAAUAGCGGCCAAUUUUAACAAAAUUGAUUUUAAUAUUUUAAAUAAUGGAUUAGAUUAUUUGUCACAAGUGUUUUUAAUUCCAUCUACUAUAAGUUUGAUUAAUUGGUUAUUACGAGAAAUUAAAUUAUUAACUCGGUUAGAUGUUGAUAAUUUACAACUUAAAGUUCUUGCAGAAAUUAUAAAGUCAAAUACUUCAGGUGAUUCUCAAGAUAUUUCCACGUUAAUCUUUAAGAUUGUUCUCAAUAUUACUGGUGAGAAAAUUAUCACCACAUUAAAGAAAUUUAAAGAAUGGUCAAUUAAUCAAACUGCAUCAGAAAUAAUUCAAAUUAUAAAUAAUUCAUUAAAGAAGGAUAACAUAAUCCCUACAACUUCUGCAUUUGAGAAAGACAUGAAUGUGAAUGAAACUAUUAAAUCACAAAUCAUUAGUAAACAAAUUACUGAUUUAGAUGCUCAAUUCGUACACAAUUAUAUCACCCAUCAACCCGAUAUAACCAUAAACCAUUUAUUACAAGAGAUUUAUGCCUUUCAGAAAUCAAAUAAUGAAGAAGCGAAAGUCUUUAUUAAUUUAAUGAUCUCAAUCAUGAUUUUAUAUAGUAUUGAUUCAAUCAAUGACAAAGAAUAUUGGAAAUCAAACCUAAACACAAAAAUCCCCCCAGGUAUUAUUGUCAAGCCUGCGUCCGAAGAAGUUAAUCAAUUCCAAUUAUCUAUGGAUUGUCACUACUCGUCCAUAUUCUCCGACACAUCCGAUCUCCCCGACAACAACAACCAUAACAACAACAAAAAUCAAUCUACCGAGAACGAGAAUGAUAUGAAUCAAUUCCUAAAAGGAGACGAUGAAGUUGAUGAAGAUGAAGAUAUGAUGGACGAUGAUGAUGGGUUAUUUAGUGAAUCAAAAAUUAAUAAGACAAUAAGUUCAACAACAACCAGUGAGAAAUUAAAACAAUUAACUCAAGCAAUUCAUGUAAAUGUUAAUUUUUUACAAGAAUUUAGAUCAAUUAGAGAUGGCAUAAAUCCGAUAUUUCAUCGAUCGGCUCGGAUAUUGAAUGAUAAAUUAUUAGAUGAGUUAAAUAAUUUACAUAUUUAA